AUGUCAUCCCCAGCUUCAGACAAGAGAGAGUCCCCUACCCUCAUGACCCUUCCUCAGGAGAUACUGGACAUGAUGCUCGGAUUCGCUUACAAUGAAGAAGUCGACGAAAUCGAGCUAAAGUGGUUUUCGAAAGCGAAUUGGCAGGAAAGAGAGGGUCGCAGGGUCCCAUGGGUCGAUGGGGUUAAUGGGUUGGAACGAGGACCCCAACCACCGUUCACAAAAUGCAAGGCCAGCGACUUCCUGGUGUCCAAAAGAUACUUCCGAUCUGCGGCAAAGGCAUACAUCAGCCGCCAGGGGAUUUACAGCAUCUCGUUCCUGGAUGAAAAGUACGGCAUCAUUGCGGCCUUUAUUUCCACUCUAUCGGUCUCUGACUUCGGCAACAUUCCUUGGAGCCGAUUGCCAAACCUGCAGACCGUAGAGUUGUUGGUUUAA